AAUAGGCGCAAUUACAUGUAAGGUAGGUACGCUGUGGGUGAAGAACAGAAAUUAGGGGGGUUUUAGUAACCGGCUACGUUACCUGCCUUCAGAGCUUCCUUAUAGCCGCACCAUUUAGCCGGAAUAAAAGCUAUUAUUGGCCGUUAUAUACCCGUGGUGCACUGUAGGUACGAAGUAGGGCUGCUCUUUCUCCUUCAGCUGGCUGGCCUGUACCAAGGUGAGCCCCUCUAAACCCCUCUAAACCCCUCCAAAACCCCACUCAGUGCUACCGUGUCGCGUUUGCAUCUCCGGGGCCGGCCAGUCUUCGAACCGUCAUCUUCUCUGCGACUUUUCUUCCAGUUGUUUAGAGGUAAUUCGACGGUUCAUCAUCGUUGAGAAGCAAUCAUUGAGCGACAUGGUUUCGAUCAUUCUCGGCUCCCAAUGGGGAGACGAAGGCAAGGGGAAAUUGACAGACAAUCUCCUGGCAACCAACUCAUUCGACAUAUGCGCGCGUGCGGCCGGUGGCCAUAACGCCGGUCAUUCAAUCCACACCGGUGACCAGAAAUUCUCUUUCCAUCUUUUGCCCUCGGGCUUAGUCAGCCCUAAAACCGACAACUUGAUUGGGUCCGGUGUCGUUUUCAACGUCGAUGCAUUCUUCGGAGAGCUGGCCGACCUUGAAGCCAAGGGCGUACCCGACGUUCACAAGCGCAUCCAUGUUAGCUCUAGGUGCCACUUGAACCUCACCUUGCACGCCGCUGUCGACGGACUUUCCGAAAAGGCGCUAGGCAAGAGUCAAAUCGGAACCACGAAGCGAGGCAUUGGUCCCUCUUAUAGCACCAAGGCCGCGCGAGACGGCUUGAGAGUUUGCGACAUCUACCAUGAUGAUUUUGCAGAAAAGUUGCGGACGUUGGCCGGCUCUUAUCGCGCACGUUACGGCGAUCUUCUGGAAUACGAUGUUGAGGCAGAAAUUCAGAAGUUUGUGAAUUUGAGGGAAAAGUUGCGACCUUACAUCAUUGACGCUGUCGAGUACAUGAAGGUCGCGCAAGAACAGAAGCGCUCGAUUCUCGUCGAGGGUUCGCAAGCUCUAAUGCUUGAUUUGGAUUACGGCAGCUACCCCUUCGUUACAUCCUCCAACUGCUCGAUUGGUGGCUGCGUUCAGGGACUAACCAUUAGCCCCUUUAACAUCAAGAACAUUAUCGGCGUCGUCAAAGCAUACACAACGCGAGUAGGCGGUGGCCCUUUCCCCACAGAACAACAUGGAGAUGUCGGCACAAAACUACAGGACAUUGGUGGAGAGAUAGGUGUCUCUACUGGAAGGAGGAGGAGAUGUGGAUGGCUUGAUCUUGUGGUUCUCAAGCACUCUACUGCUGUGAACUACUAUACCACCCUCAACUUAACUAAGCUCGACGUACUGGACACAUUCCCAACAAUUCAAGUCGCUGUUGCUUACAUCACUCCUGAUGGAGAACGGAUUACGAGCUUUCCUGCUGAUUUGAACUAUCUCGAUAAAUGCACGCCUGAGUAUAUCGAGUUCGAAGGCUGGCAGUCCUCGACCCAAGGAUUACGGUCAUGGUCUGACCUCCCCCCUCAAGCCCAAAAGUACAUUGAACUCAUCGAGUCAGAGAUUAGUGUCAAGGUGAGCUACAUUGGAACCGGAAAGGACCGUGAGGAUAUGAUUAUCCGAUGAAAGUGCUACCGAUCUACUCAAGGCACGUUCUAGAUGUGGGAGGAAAAGUAAUUUAGAGAAUAGAGGUGGUGGUAAAGGAGUGGCUCAUGAUUAUAGGCUUGCUUAUUUUCGUAGCUUCCCGAACAUAACUGCUUAAUGUUUGCCACUUAACCAAAUGCCUUUGAGCUACUCGAAUGUAUGCUUAGAAAUCUAGAACAGUAGCGGAGACUGAUAUAGACUAAACGAACAUAAAUUGACAGUCUGAGUGCUACAAUUUACUUAAUCCACCUUAGGGAAAGUGACAUUUACCACAU